CAAAAUUAACAUGGCGUCCGAAAGUGUAGGAAGUUCAGUGUUAAGUGAUGAGUAUGAAGUAAAUAAUACGUUGUCCGAUGAUUGUGAAGUAAUUACAGAUAAUAUCAAUGUUCCGAAGUGCACGUCGAUAAUAGGACUUUCUAUGAAAGUAUUUGAAAAACGUGAAUUAAAUAGUUACCGCAACUUACCUGGCUUGUUAGCAACGGCGUCAUCGGUUGAUGGGAUUGAUGUAACAAAUCUAGAUAAUGAAGACAUUCUAGACAGUGGCAUCAGGUCUGAAGAUACAGCAAAUUCAGAUCACAGUAAAAGGAAAAGAGUUCAUCACGAUUACCGAAAGCUUUCAAAUUCUGGUUAUGUUGAUGAUGCAAUGGGCAGGCGAUAUUCUUCUAGCACAUCAAGUGCUAGUGAAAGUGAUAUACCUUCCAAAUUGAUAAAAAUAAAGGCAAACAGCAAAUCAUCUAACGAGCAAACUGCAUAUGAUGACCAUAAUGUAUCCAACACUGUGAAUGGUGGUAGCAUUCGAGAAGGGAAACAAAUAGGUUCUUUGAAGCACCAAGGUGAAGACCAUCAAAAGAAGCAUCACAAGAAGAAGAAACACAGGGAUAGGGAUAAAGAAAGGAGAACCAAAGACCACUCUCAUGAAAGAAGAAAGUCCAAGAGUAAGCUUGCUCUCUCUGUCACAAGUACAAAACCAGCCCACUUCCAUGGAGCAGAGCAGGAGGAAUGUGGUGAACGUGUUUCUUUGAGUGGAUCUUCCAAAGAGGCAAGCCAUGAAUAUACCACAGACAGUACAACACUUAGUGAUGGUGUAUACCCCUUAGUACAGUCUUGUACAAGGAAUGUGAAGUUGGACAUAUCAUCAGCUGACAGAACUAUGCAGUAUGGGUCUGAUGUUUCUCCUAGGACAAUAAAAUCUUCAUUGCAUACCAUAAAAAGUGAAACUGAUAACAGUGCUAUUGAUCCUUAUCAUAAUACACAGCUGGAUUCAGUUCCUGUGGACAGUUCAUUAUUUGAGAGAGAUAAAAGAAUUUGUGUUGAAGUUAAUACUGUUUCCUAUGUAAUUGGCUCUAAAAAUGGUUCCAGUUCUCACACUGAAGAGUGUGCUUUGGUUGAUCCUAAAAAUGUUACAGAAAGUCCCAAGAUAACAUUUGAAGCCACUCAGAGGACAGAUAUGUAUGCACAUUCCACCAGUGCAGUAGCCGGAGAAUCACAGUUACACACUAGUCAAGUGGAGUUAUGUAUACCACAGACAAAGAAUUCAGAUGAUCAUGAAACUUUACAAAAAGAAGAAAAAGUGGAUGAAAGUGUAGGGAGUCCUGGUACACCUCUUAUGGAUGAGCAGCCUUACUCUCCCUGUUUAAAUGUGCCUGACUGCAUUGGUGAUUCUUUAAGAAAAAAACAUAAAUUUGGAGGAGGAGGAGGAACAGAACCAAAGAAUGAAUUUGAUGAUAAUGUUAAAGAUGUAAAAAGUAUGGAUGUGCAACCUUCCCUCCCUUUAUCAGAUGUAACUGUGAAUUAUGAUAAGAGCAUUUUGAAUCAUCCUAAUACUGGUGAGAGAAGUUACACCCCACCUUUGGUCCUGAAAGGUAAAACACAUUCACUUGAAGAUGGGAAGAAGACAUGUAGGACUAUUAGUAGUGAUGUAGAUUCUUUACCAUCGGCUGUAUUAAAUUGUAAUGUAGAUAUAAGUGCAACCAAAACUGAACCCUUCGAGAGUAAGUUAGUGGACAGUGGCAACAGUUAUCUCAUUUCAGGCUGUGGGGUUCAUUCUGAGAAUGCAGAUCCUGGAAUUAAUUCUGAAAGUACUGCUACAUUGACUUUGGGUGCAGUUACAGAGCAAUGUGCUCCCUGCUCGCAGGACAAUGGUACAGUAGCUGCAAGUGAAGAUGAGAAGGUUGCUGCUGCACAGCCCAGAACAGAAUCCAUUGAUGAUAAGGGGAAUGUGAGUGAUGUCAGUCCAUUGAAGAAACAGACUGAUUGUGAAAAGAAAGGUACAAGUUCUUCUGGGUGUCAAGACAUGUCUAGUAGAAAGAAUGUGCAUAGAAGACACAGUAAUAGUAGCAGUAGUAGUAGACGGAAUGAUUCAGGACACAGGUCAAGCAGGGAUAAGUCUGAUCACAGAGAAAAGAAGUUUGAAAGUAGUGCAGCAGAUUCCAGUUCCCAUGAAAGAAGGAGUUCAGAUUCAAAGGAAACUGAUCGAAAAGAGAGGUCUUAUAGCUCCUCAUCAUCAGACAGGAAACAUCAUUGCUCAAGGUGUUACAAACGUUCAAAAAUUAAACGAGCGAGUAUUGGCGUUCAGUGCCGACGCGACAAGACCAUUGACAAGUAUGUGAAAUAUGGUUCUGCAGAUUCAACUUCCCUUGGUACUGGAUUGAAGAUCGAUUACCAAACGAAACAUUUCUCCCUCCCCAGACCUCUACCAUAUAUCAAACCUGGCCUUGAACAGCUUAAGUAUGGAAGAUUCAUUCGUAUAGAGACUUAUGCUAAUGGUGGGGCCACAGUUGUGCACAUGUAUCAAGAUGAAAUUGAUUGUCUUAACAAAGAAGAGAUGGAAGAAUUAGCACAAGAAUAUUUUAAGGUUGUGUUUGGUGAAGAUGAGGAAGGGUGUGCACAUCAUGUAAUGGGAAUAGUUCAUGAUGCUGCCUCAUAUCUCCCAGACCUACUAGAACACAUGGCAGAAAAUUACCCAUCACUCACUGUCAAGAACGGAGUGCUAGGGCGAAAUUCUGACAUUGAAACAACAACCAUGAAGCAGUAUAGGGACCAGGUGUGCAAACAUUAUGCCAAUGGAACUGUUCGAUAUGGACCUCUCCACCAGAUUAGCUUAGUUGGAACAGUUCAUGAGGAGGUCGGUGGCUUCUUUCCAGACUUAUUGGCCAGACUGGAGGAGAAUCCCUUUCUGAAGAUGACUAUGCCAUGGGGACCACUGUCAGUUGUGCAAAUGGAAACUCCUCAGGAAUCAAAUGAUGGGCCUAUCUUAUGGAUUCGCCCUGGGGAGCAGCUAGUACCAACUGCAGAGAUGGCAAAAUCUCCUACAAAACGAAGAAGGACUGGUAUUAAUGAGUUGCGUAAUCUGCAGUAUCUUCCAAGACUCUCAGAAGCUCGCGAAUAUAUGUUUGAGGACCGGACUAAGGCACAUGCUGAUCAUGUUGGACAUGGCUUGGAUAGAAUGACCACAGCUGCUGUUGGUAUUUUGAAAGCUGUGCAUGGUACUCAAUCCUAUGAUCACAAUCGUGUCACAAAAGAUGUGGUAGCAUUUUAUGCUGGAGACUUUCCAGAUCUUGUUGAGAAGCUCCAGUUAGAUCUUCAUGAACCACCAAUAUCACAGUGUGUGCAGUGGUUGGAAGAUGCAAAAUUAAAUCAAUUACGUAGGGAGGGAAUCCGGUAUGCACGUAUCCAGCUCUGUGAUAAUGAUAUUUACUUCUUGCCUCGCAACAUUAUACAUCAGUUCCGCACUGUUUCUGCAGUAACCAGUAUUGCAUGGCAUGUUCGCCUGAAACAGUACUACCCUGAGACAGAGAAUUCUGCUGACUUAAAACAACAUUCACGGGCAGUUACUGCUCAGCAUCAUUAUAAAGAAAAGAGAAACUUGGAGAAAGCUUGUGAGACUCUCAAGAAAGACGUGAAAGAUGAAAACCAAAGAUGUGACAAAGCAAAAAGGGACGAGAGGAAGGAGAGAGACAAAGAUAGGAAGAGACUUGAAGACAGGAAAGAUGAAGACAAGCAUAAAAAAGAACUUAAGGAAGGAGAUCCUAGCAAGGGAGAAAGCAAGUCUAAGAAACGUGACUUGGAUGAUUUUGAUGGUGAAGGGAGAGAAAAGAAACGUGUUAGGAUUUUAGAAGGUAAGUCAGGUUCCAAGGAACUAGAAGUAGAGCACAAGAAGUAUGAAGAGAGUUCUUGUAAAAGGAAGGAAAAAGAUGAUAGUGGAAAAAAGAAAGAUCAGAAGAUGGAAUUAGAGUUUGAAGAAGAAGGGAAAGAAGUUGUGGAUGGAGAGAAAGCAGAAGAGAAGAGAAAAUGUAUAAAUGAGAUUGAACUCAAAGAGAAACAAAAUUCAGAUAAAAAGAAAGAAGAAAAGAGGGUUAAAUUGGAAAGUGGAACAAAGGAACAUAAAGCGAAAUCAAGAGAAAAGGUUGAAAAGCAAAAGGAUGAGAAGAAGGUAAAGAUUGGAAAUAGUGAAGCAGAACACAAAGAAAAAAUUAAAGAAAACUCUGACAUCAGUGACAAACACAAGAAGGAACAUAGACAUGAUCGAGAGAAACGUUGUGAAAAGACACCAAGGAAAGAUAACAAUAGUGGUCCAAAUGUCAAGAAGAUUGCUUCACCUUCCAAGAGAAAAGGUGACAAUAGCUCUGACGAUAACAGAUCAUUUUGUACACCAUUAAGACCAGACUUAAGUCAAAUUGAAAGUCCCAGUGUUUUGUCAUCUACAGCGUUUUCAGCUCCAGUGGAUGACAGUGGCAGUCCUGAUGGAUCUGGUGACUUAGUGUGUGGUGCACUUAAAAAAGAAAGUGCUGUGUGUGAUCUCAGUCAUAGACUGUCUGCAUCUUCACCUACCCAAAGGGAAGUGUGUAUUGAAGCAAGUAAACAGUCAAGUGUAUCUCCAGUUAAAAUGGAUUGUGAUAGCAGUAAAUCUUGUAUGGUUAUGGUAAAGAAGGAGUCUGUGUCGAAAACCGGUAUUUCCAAAUGCUAUUCACAAUCGAAGGCACAGGCUCCUGUCACCUUAGUAGAUCAAAUCAUUGCAAGUAUGGACACUUCCAUUCCUAAAGUGAGAGAGGAACGAGAUGAUCUGGGAUGAAUGUAACUCGCCUUUUCCACCCACAGAACUGUGCACAUCCAGGUUGCACUUAAGAAAUUGAAUGCCUUUGUAAAGACUUUAGUACCUUAACAAACAAAACAAUGUCAGUGAAAAAUCUGUAUUAAAGGUUAGAGUAGCCAUAUAUUGCAAGAAAUAGCACAGUAAUUUUAUGUAUAUAUGUACACAAUUGUACAUUGUAUAAUUUUUUAUAACAUUCUUUGUGUACAAUGGUGUGUGCCUCGGGGUAGUUUUGCAGAUGAAGUAAGCCCUAAAUACGCAGUGCUAAUGCAGAGUUUAUUUGUUAACUCACUAUUUGAGAUAGAAAGUGCUUUUUCGUUGUAUAGAAAGGCCGUGAUUAAAAUGAUGCAAAAGGGCAGCAAUACUGUAUAUACAUUUUCUUGAAAAAAUGAAGGUAUGAAUUGCAUUCCAAUGAUAGACUGGUGCUAGUGAAGCUAUGUGUUGUGUUCUAACUUGGGUGCCUUUUUGGUACCACAGUUUUUCGUAUAAAAAUAACAGGUUUUAUUUUAUAAAAAUGGAGGAGCACUAUGCUGUCUUUUUGCAUAUGAAUGAAUGAGUGUUUGAAUGAAUGUAAAGAGAGGAAAAUAAAUAUCUUUGAAGUGGAAGGUAUAAUAAUCAGAGUGGAAUGUCAGAGGAAAUAAUUACAGCUCUAACAUUAUCAUUGCUUUCCUCUCAUGCUUCAGUUUUGUGAUGGUAUUAUUCAUUUCCAUUUGCCAGCAGACUGUGUUGAUAGACAGCUGAUUGUCCAUGUAAUUGGUCCAAGUGGCAUACUUCAUUUAUUUGACAUUACACUCUGUCUUUUCCAUGCUCUUCAUGCAAGGAAAGAGCUGAUACAGUGGCAGAUAUAUAACCAGAAAUAAAUACAUACAUACAUAGGCGCAGUUGAUAGAAACAUGUUGUGAAGUUGAAAGAUUAUAAAUUAAGUCCUGUUGCCUUACUGACUGACUUCGACUGCUGUUUAACUUAAUUUGGUCAUGAACUUUUAUGCUUUGUAUUAUUGAUUGAUUUAAUUAUGUAAGAGAAGUAAUUACACUCUAUGCUGUUGUUUCUUAAUUUUAUUUUAUUUUUUUUAAGUGGGAAUGUUUUGUCUGCCUUCUUUAGUUGUAGAGUUUAUAAAAUAACGUGACUUGUUAUACCUAUUAUGUACAGUUAUAUUUAAUCGUGUACAUAGAUAUCAUUACAGAAUCUUGGUUGUUUAUUGCAUUUUAGUAACACUGCGUUGAAACAAAGAUGCUGGAUUAUAAAAAAUUACAGCUUGCUGUGUAACCUCCAAGACUACAUAAUUUACUUAGAUACUCACAGAUCAGACUAACAAGUAUUUCAGAGUGCAGAGACAAUAUAAGGAUUUCCUACUAUAGAAAAUAAUGAAAACAGUUCUGUUUUGAUCGUUAUAGCUGUUUUAUGUUUUCUGUACUUCAAAUAUAUGAAGAUGUCCUUCAGAUGGGAGAAACAUUAGUAUAUUUUUGGCAGCAGUAUAGUUUGGUAGCACCUCAUAACACACACAGUAUGUGUUUCGUGUGUUUUUAGAAUGUUCCAAACAUUUUCAUUAAUUUAUAAUAUAUUGUUUUGAUGCCAAAAGGACAGUUGUUUAAUUAUUUUUCAGUUGUGUACAGCAAAUUGUAUGUACAUUUUCUGAUUUUGCUCAGUGGGCAGAUUUGGCACUUCCACGAUUAAAAGAGUGCUUUCAGAUAUUAUUGUUAUUAUUUUUCAUUCUUUACCGUUGCUCAGACAGCAGAGUAUAGUUUUUUCAACCAAAAUAAAUAAUGAAAGACAUACACCAUCAGUUUCUGAGUAUAUGCACAAAGAGUGUAAAAAUUUUUUUUGCACUGUUACUGCAUCUCUCCAAGUCCCGUCUAUAUAUAAUUGAUGUAACCGUCUUAUCUAAACCUUUUUCACUUAAGUAUGUAUGUCUUAUCUGUAAAAUUUUAAAGCAGCUUUGGAGACUCUAUUUCCAGAAUGGAGAGGUGAAAUAGAAAAAGGAAUAUUAGAGCACCAAAAUUCAUGCUUAUUCCUCCGUUCAGAAAUCUUUUUGAAUGUCUUGUUGCAAAAGUGUGAUUACUUCAGGACUAUGUUGUUGAACAAUGAUACUUUUGCCAUAUUCCUUUUUCUCACUUAGAAUAUGCUCUAUUUGUGUUUAAUUGACAACUGAAAUAACUGUAAAUUAAAAGUGGAAGAUGAGUGAAUUGGUACUAUGAGUAGUUAUAUACUAAAAGAGUAAUAAACAUAAUGUUGAUCUUUAGCAAUGUUCUUUAGCCCUUUAAAGCACUGUGGCUACUGUAUGCACCAUUCCAAAACUGAAUUUUUGCCAUACAGCAUGUUUAUGGGUUUUGUUGGAUUCUAAGCAUAAACAGCAGGUAUUUCCCUGAACAGCAUUUAGCAGUUGGUAUUUUUAAUGGAGAGACAAUGCUUUCUAUGAGGUAGGCUCUGACUACUUUAAUAUUAUUUAGAUGAUUUUUGUGUUUCAAGGGGUUAUCAGUAUAAUAUUUUGAUAUCUCAACCAGUGAGUUUUAUGACUACCCAAAAAGAUUGCUAGUAGAUAUUUAAAAGUUACCGAUAUACAUUAUGGGAACUGAACUACAAAAAACAUGAGAUGUUGAUUUAUCAUAUAUUUUGUAAUUUCCUGAUGUUUCAUAUCAGUUUGUCUAAUGGUGAAACAUAUUUUUUUCCUGUAUAAUUUUCUUGGGCCUGCCUUACCAUGUAUUUACUUUUACCAUUUGUUUGGAUAUGUGAAAACAGCUUAACCUCAUUACUUUCUUUCAGUUUGCUGCAAGCAGAAAAUACCCAAAGGAAUUACCUAUUUUUACAGAUUCUGUACUGAACGUUACAGUCAGGUAGGUAGCAGUCCUACUUUGUGUAUUUGGGAGGUACCAACUUCGAAUUGUCACUUGCAAUCCAUCUAUCCUGACUUUAUGUUUUUAUCCAGUCCCUCCAAAUAAAUGCUGGGAUAUCUCAAGACUGGGCGAGAACUGCUUCUGCAGUCUUUCAAAUUCAUUAUUCACAAAAUACCUGACUGUUGACUCUGUAGAGCCUGAUUUACUGCCACUGGUUUUAAAUAAACCUAAAAAUAAUAUAAUGUGCGUACAGGUGGUCUGAAUUUGAAUUAUAUUUCUUUAAAAUUUCUGAAAAGUGGUUCAUCAUAUACCACAAAUUACUUAUUACCAUCCAUUCAGCUAAAUGAAUGUUGCUUAAUUUUGAUACUUGCUAUCAAAUUGUUACCAAUGGAAAUAUACAAGAAUGAAAAGACAUUCUUACGGCAUGCACAGGCAUUCUAAGUCUUGUAUUUUAUAAUGGGUAAAGUCUUCCGGAAUGUGCCACCACGUAUGCUCGCUGUACUUGCUGCUUGCUUGCUCAAGUUUGUAAAGAUGAAGGUAUGUUUCUCCAAAAUGUUUGUAUACUUCUCUGAAACUACAUAUUGACACCCCAGAAGAUGGUACUCUUCAUAGUCACUCCUAUGAGAAGCUCAUAUCUCAUAUAUGUUAUCAGUAUUUCUGAAAAAUUGCUAAUCAACAUAUUAAAAAUGUCACACAAUGUGAAGUAUGUGUAAUGUAACAUUUUGUAAGUUCCUUUUGAAUAUCUGAUAUGAUCUGGGCUUUUGAGGAAAGUAAUAGCCCUAAUUGAAUAAUAUAAAUCAAAUUAAUGUUUCCUUGACAUUUUAAAAGAUGUCACACACAUUGGGUCCUAUCAGUAAUGAACAGAGAUUCAGGCGUUGGGAGGUACAUAGUAUGUUCAAAAUGUCAAAGUUGAAUCCAGAUUUACUUGCUAGUCAUGAAAAUGGAUAUUUCAGGGGCAUAAUCAUUCUGUCAACACAGUUUCAUCAUUCUUGUUACACAGUCUGCUGAAGUUUAAAGUGGAUGUCUCUAGUGGUAAGCUGAAGUCACUGGCAACUUUAAACAUCCAAGUACUACAUCCACCACUGCAUUGCUCUGUAUGAAUAUUUACUUGCCUUAGCACUGAUGCUGCAACAGUGCAUACCGCAGUUUUUAAGUCUUAGAUACAGGCAUGUAUUACCUCAUCCUGUGUUAUACAUAAUAAAUUGGCUUGAAAGAAACUUAGGAGUUCUAUGAGUAAAUAUGAUAGAAAAAACUAGAAGAAAUUAAUAUAUUGUUGGAGGCAAAGUUGCCUUUUGACAGUUACAGAAUCUACUAGAAUUUAGUUGAAGUUAAAGCAGUAUGUGAAGCAAAUGGAUUUAAUUGUAAAUUGCUGUCCCAUACUUCAAGGAAAAAUGUCUUAUUUAAGCAAACAUAGUAGUACUAGAAGGCAGAAGAACAAUUUAACCCCCCCCCCCCCUUAAUUUUGGAUCAUUCACUGGCAUGGCUCUGUUUUUCUUUUUGUUUAUGUGCUUUUCAUUUCUGUCGUGUUUAAACAAGGUGAACUGUUGACGUAGGUAUAAGUAAGUAGGUUUGAACUGCAGCAGUAAGUGUUUCACAUUUUAUUAUAAUUACCAUUUUAUCUCUAGUAACGAAAUUUGAAAAUUGUACACAAUACAAACUACAUGCUUUUGUUCUGUUUGUGUGAAAUAAUUGUGCCAGGGAUACUGUUAUACAUUCUAUGUUUAGUAAACUGUACUGUAUGGGACAUGCAAUGUAAUUUUAUUUUUGAAGCUGUGUUGUAACACAUUGCACAUGAUUUGAAAAGUUACAUAUGGAUAUGAGUAUGUAAGUGCGCGCACAAGUAUGUUUUCCAUGUAAAGUUAGAUUCUAAUAGUGUUCUUUCAAGGAUUGUUAGCCUUUUGAAGUUUUCUCUGUAUAAUUGCCUCAUUUCAGCCAUAUUUUUUGUUGAUGCCAUUUUGUCUCAACAGUAGCAUGCAUAAGUGAAAGUUUAUUCUAUUUCAGCCCGAAAACUGUUAAAUUUGGAGAAUUUUGCUCUUGUCUGAAGAUUCCGCUUUAUUAAGAAACAUUAUUAGGAAACUCUUCAAUUUUUGUUGAAAAAAUAAGCAGUACCAAUGCUCUUUUCUGAAUGUACAGAAUGUGUAUAUGUGACCACAUAAAGAAUUAAUUAUGCUGAAACAUUAGUAAAUCUAGAACUUUGGAUGAAAUAAACUUGCCAUCUCAGUAAUUAUACUGGUGCUCAAGCAGUGUGGUAUUUUUCUCACAUAAGACUUUGGGGACAGAAGAGGAUAUUUUUAUUUGAAGGAGAAAGCUCUAGAUCGCAUUAAGUGGAGGAACUGUUUUGGAAGAGACUGUGGACCUGUCGUCUGACAGAUUACUGAUGAAUGAAGUAUAGAGUGAGCACUAGGAAAUUUACGUGCAUUUGGAACAGUAUUUACCUUAUGAAUCUGUAAGAUUUGAGGAUUUCAUGGUGGUGAUGGCUCAUAAUGUGGCCCUCUGGGCUAUGAUAUCGUGCAGUCUGGUAAGUGGGCUUUCAACAUUUUGGAGGAACAUACUGCCUUCAUCUUGAGAGCUGAAAUUCAGCACUGGUGUCAGACCCAAGGAAACCACAGUAUGAAUAUUCAUGUCGUCAACUGGUGGCAUUUAUUUUAUUACAUAUUCCCCAUUUUAUACCAUAAAGAGCAAGUCUGGAGUUCUUGAGGAAGUUAUUUGAAGUGUUUCAGACAUUUGCAUUUCUGAUGGUACAGUUGAAGGGUAUAAUUUUUAGCUGGGUUUGGUGAUUGUUACUCUGCUCUCCUUCCUACUUGUAAUAAUACAUUGUUCCUCUUCAUUGUCAUCACCAUACCUCCCCCCUAACACUCCUUAAAGCUGGCGUUUCUCCUGGUUUUGUUGUACUUUGUUGAAAAGCUGGGAAUGGAUGAAUGCUUCCAGCCACACUGUCCAGUGUCUUGAAUGUGCCUUGCAUUUUACAUCAUUGUACUGCUGUCAUCCUCAGAAAUAUGAUGCAGUCCAUAUAAAAAAUAAUUGCCAACCACUACUGUUAGCUUUAUAGGCAUUGAUAUGGUACACUUUAACUUUCUUGAGUACUUCGGUAAUUUCAAAGUUCCUUGUGCCAUAUGCACAUACUUUUAAAAAAUGUUUCUGAAUCCCUUAGUAAAUAGCAUCCAAUAGGUAUCUCUUACUUCAGUGUGUGGCUUGUAUAAUUUUUUGUAAUUCUGUCAGAUUUAGCAUUUAAAGUAGCUUGAUGGAUGUGUCUGUACACACUGAUCUCAGGGGAACUGAAUAUUGUGAUAACCCCCCCCCACCGCAAGAGCACUAAAUGCUGAUGUAAAUGAGGUUGAUAUAUCCAUAUUUCCCAAAAGGAAUUUUUCAGAACUGCUCCCCUUAUCAUCUGUAAGUACCGAAACAUUUUUUAAGUACUGCAUAUUCGAAUUUGGUUGAUUGCAUUAGAGCAAAAUAUUUGUUGGUGUUUAAAAACAGGAUAGUCUUUUUAAUUGCAAUGGAUGCUAUAAUUACUGUCUCUUUAAGUAAUAUCAAGAAGGAAACCCACAUCCUUGUAGUGCAAAAGUUAAUCAUGUAUGGAGCUAUAGAUAUAUUUCCCCAUGCAUUUUUAUGGUGUGGUGCUUGGUUACAGGGACAACUUUACCUUUAUAGACAAAAAUUCCAUUGCUUUAUUAAUAGUGGCUUAGUGGCCAGCGUAGUUCUUUAUUGUAGUGAAUAAGUCCAGCAAAUCAAAUGACAGUAUGUAAGAGAGGACUGAAAUACUUGAUUCCCCUUGUUUUCUACAUGUAAAAAGUGUAUCAACAGUAGAAUGUUGGAAAUGAAUUAUUACCACUUUUCAGGAGAAUAAGGGGACUGCUACAUGAAUUUUAUGAAAUGUUUUAUUUUACAUUUGAUGAUGUAUAUCUGAAAGUCAGAUUUAAUAAAUUUAUAACUCUGAAACCAGUGAAUUGAAUCAAACAUUCAGAAUGUUUUUGUCACAUAUUUUAAAAUUCAAACUUUUCACAAGGGACUGUUGGAAAACUGUGAAACUAGUAUUGAGUUCUUUAUGCAGCAAGUGAUACCAGUUAAUACAUAAGCCUCGAUAUAUAUGAGCUAAUAAGGUUAUUUGUCACUAUAUAUGAAUGGAAGAAUUUCUGUGAAUUGGAGCAUAUUCAUGGACUGCUGGUGUUAUGGUUUGGGGGGAAUAAGGUUUGAUGACCAAGGUGAUGCAUCACUUUGUACUAGCAAUUGCUGUAACAUUUUACUCCAGUUAACAUUC